UUUUCUGUAGAUUUUAAUCAUAUUUAUUAUAAAGUACUUUCCUAUAAAUGCAUUAUCUAGAAUUAUUUGCAGAUCUAUUUCUGUUGACUGAGUCUGAAUAUAUUUUUGAAUUUUUUCUCUUGACUCAGUCACAUUUAUCUGUUUCUUUGCAUGUCCAGAAAUUAUUAUUUAUAUCAGGCAUCAUGGAUGAUGUGACACAGAGACUCUGGGUUCUAUUAUAAUUCCCUGAAGAAUGUUGAGUUUUGUUCUUCAGAUGGUUGAAUUAUGGAACAUUACUCCAAACUUGUGGAGCCUGGGCUUUAAGUUUUAUGAGGGCGGAUAUUUGAUUUUGCCCUUAGUUCUAGGGCAAAUCUCAUUUCUAGAACAUAGUCUUCAUUCCCAAGGUGUGGCCCUUUUGAGGUUUAGAAGGAAAACUGAGGCGUUUACCAGGCUCCUCUGUCAGACUCCAAACUUGGUCUCCCCUGGAACUGGUAGCUUCUUCUCAGCUUUUGGCCUUCCAGCUCUUUGUGCUUCCCUGGAGGCCCUGGAAUUGUGCCCACGCGUGGUUAGUUCAGGCCAGCCACAUAUUCGAAGUUUAUAGCUUCUGGCUCCUCAUCCGCAGAGGCUCCAAACUUCCCAGUGUUGCCCCCUCACUUUCCAGCUGCAGUGGCCUUCCCAUCCUCUGCCUCUUCAGCCAGUGGGCCUGUGGCUUCCUGUUUGAGGUCCGGCUGACCGGAGAGAGCCCUUGGGGAAAAGCAGUUCUUCUUUCAAGAGCUGCCUUCGUCCAUUUUCUGUGUGCUUGUUCUUCUCCAGUGCUUUUAGGCAGUUGUUUCAUGUAUUUUGUCCACAUUUCAUAAAGCAGAGGGCUUUGUGAUUACUGGAAGUGGAAACUCAACCUUUUUGAUUUUUGAAUCUUUAAUCCGUAUCAUCUAUUCAAAAAGUGAACUAUUAAAAACAAGCAUACAAAGAUAUUAAGGCCUACUGUAAAGGCAGCCGAUGAUCUCAAUUCAGAGAAUGCCUUUUAAGUCAGGGUAGAACUUGACGCAGGCCCCGCCCCCACAAGCAGCCCUGCCCCCUCGCGCGCGCCCGUUUCCAUGGCGACGCGGCGCCAGGCCCGGGCAGCCAAGCCACCGAGUGGGCGUGAAGCGGCGGCGGCGGCAGCAGCGGCUACAUGAGCGCUGGGGUGGCGGCGGCCGGGCAGCGGCCGAUCCCGGGCUCUCGGGGAGCGUGGCGCCCGCGCCCCCGCCCGCCCACGGUCCUCCAGCACCCGGGACAGCGCGGCGCGCAGGCUGGGCACAGCGACGCACAGAAGCGGGUCCUGGACCUGGAGAAGAGCCUGCAGUUCCUGCAGCAGCAGCACUCCGAGACGCUGGUCAAGCUCCACGAGGAGAUCGAGUACCUCAAGCGGGAGAACAAGGAUCUCCAUUACAAGCUAAUAAUGAAUCAGAAGCCAAAGAAAGGCAGCAUUUCCAAUUCCAGCUUUCAGUCCAUCAAGUCCGUCUCAAAUUCGAUGUCAGUGACUGCCCUGGCUGCAGCCAGCUCUCAAGGCAAGGCCAGGACCCAGCUUAGCUUCUCCAAGAAGCAAGACUCGAAAGCUGACGUUCCCCAGAAGACGGACCUGGAAGAGGAGAGCCCAGUUGCUACCGUGUUUCACAAUAGCAAGUUGGACAAAGCCCCAGGGACGAAGGGGCCGGCCAAUGACUGUUCCAGAGAUGAAGAAGGGGAGGCCUCCAGGGCAGUGGCCGCCUUGACGGCAGGCAGCCAGCACAAGGGCAAGCAGCCCCCCGCAAUGAGCCUGCCCCCCUACCUGCGCAAGCCCGCCACGCUUCAGCAGUGUGAGGUGGUCAUCCGCCAGCUGUGGAACGCCAACCUCCUGCAGGCCCAAAAGGUGAGGCUCGGGCUACGGGGCGGGAGGGCAGUGCCUCCGCGGGCCCCGCCCACUGCCCCCUCUUCUCCCUGCCUUCCAGUUGCAGCACCUCAAGGCCCUUCUGGAAAAGAAUCAGAGGUCCAAGGCUGCCCCCGAGGAGGCUGGGCCCAGCUCUCCCAAGGACCAGGAGGCCCUUCACUCGGGAGCCACGCAGCUCCCCAAGGUCCCCACCAAGGGCGUCCCCAAGAAAUGGUGAGUCCCACCGGCAGGGGGAGGGUGGGGUGGCCUCCGAGCCCCGGACGGAAGGGACCGGGACAGCUCAGUGCUUUGCCUGGGGCCGCACUACCAGCCACGUCUCGGCUCCUGCUCCUCCUCCCGAUGGCGCCUGCAGUGACGUCCCUCUGCCCGAGCAGCCUGAUUCUGAGCCCGAUGCCCGUGGCGGAGCGCUCCAUCCUGCCGGCGCUGAAGCAGACCCUGAAGAGUAACUUCGCCAAGCGGCAGAAAAGGCUGCAGGUGGUGCAGAGCCGGCGGCUGCACCGCUCUGUGCUCUGAGGCCCGCGGCACCCGUCUGCGUCUGCGCGGCAGGUCUCGGCAGGUCUCGGCAGGUCUCAGCCGGGCCCGUGCCCCUCCCCCGCACCCCUCCGCUGGAGACCCUCCCCCUCUCUAGAUAGCACUUCCAAAGAAUUCUAAUACGUUUAGGCCAAGCGAAAUUCCAGAUAAACAAAACUCAUCGCAGAUAAAGUACUUGGUCUCAGAACUGGGAAAUUAUUUUCUUGCUCGGUAUUUUGCUAUUCUGCGUUUACAGGAAAACACUAUGAAAUAAGCAUCACCCUACUCCGUUGAAGACUGGAAAUAAAGCUCGUUUCUCCA